AUGAAAGAAAAUCCAACAAAAAUGGUCACCGUGAUCAUGGCCCUAAAGUACCAAGACAUUCUAAAACUGGCCAUUCUAUUGGUCAUAGCUAUGGUCAACCAAUUAGUACUCAUCAAGUUGGCCCGGCUAAACCUGGCCACCCAAACAGACCUAGACCAACAAGCACAAGUAUUACUGACCAAUGAUUUUAAUUCAGACUAUUACGGAAUUAUAUCACUGGGCACUCCACCACAAACAUUCAAAAUCAUGUUUGAUACGGGCAGCUCCGACCUAUGGAUGCCGUCCAUAAACUGUCAAACCGGGUGCACAAAUACCGUUGAAUACAACUCCGGGGCGUCGAUCACAUACCAGGCCAACGGCGCCGCCUUAUUCAUUGGCUACGGCGAUGGCAGUAAUGUCAGCGGCAUUUUGGACCAGGAUGUGUUGAACUUUGGUGGCUUAACAGUACAAAAUCAGAUAUUUGCCGAGAUUACCACGCUCAAUAACCCUGAUUCAGUCUAUGACGGAAUACUAGGCAUGGGAUACCCGUCACUGGCCAAUUCGGGCGUUACACCGCCGUUUAACAACAUGAUCAAUCAGGGAUUGGUAGUCCCGGUGUUUUCAUUCUACCUGAACCGUGACAUUAAUGGCCAACCGAGCGGUGAACUACUGCUGGGCGGCUCAGAUCCCGCCCACUAUAUCGGCGCCCUUACGUACGUUAGUGUUAGCCAACAGGGCUAUUGGCAAUUCGCAAUGGAUGGGGGUAGUGUGACCAACAACGGACCUCAGUUUUGCACCUGUGGCUGUCAGGCGUUUGCCGAUACGGGCACAUCCCUGAUCAUGGGCCCCACCCCUGAUAUUCAAGCUAUAAAUACCGCUAUAAAUGGUGUAGACAAUGGCGAUGGCACCUAUAAUGUUGAUUGCACUAUGCUAGGUCAAUUGCCAAAUAUUGAAUUUACCAUCAGUGGUAAAGAAUUCCCGUUAACGCCGGCACAGUAUAUACAGUCCAACGGCGAUCAAUGUAUGUCAGGGUUUGCUUAUAAUAUCCAACAGUCCGAAGAUAUGUGGACUUUGGGUGAUGUACAAUUUGAUACGGGAAGCUCCGACCUAUGGGUACCAUCUAUAAAUUGUGCAGCAUGCCAAAAUAAAAACAAAUUCAACCCAGCCGCAUCUAGCACAUGUCAACAAACUGGCCAACCAUUCACCAUAAACUACAACAGCGGAGGCCAGACCGCCGGUGUGUUAGACAUCGAUGCGCUCAACUUUGGCGGCCUAAUAAUUAACCAACAAACAUUUGCCGAGGCCACCAUGGUCACCGGGUCCAACCUAAACACCGCCUACGACGGUAUACUGGGCAUGGCCUGGCCCGCCAACGCCAUUGACCAGGCUUUGCCGCCGUUUAACAACCUGAUCAAUCAGGGAUCGGUAGCCCCGGUAUUCUCAUUCUACCUGAACCGUGACAUUAAUGGCCAACCGGGCGGUGAACUACUGUUGGGCGGCUCAGACCCCGACCACUACACCGGCGCCCUUACGUACGUACCGGUAGUACCGCUCAGUCAAAACGCUCAACAAUUAUGGUGGUCGUUUAAUAUGGGUGGAGGUAGUGUGGCCAAUGGGGGUCCACAGUUUUGUCAGGGUGGUUGUAUGGCAAUGGCCGACACCGGGACCACCCUGAUUAUAGGACCCACAGCUGAUAUAAGUAAUAUAAAUUCUUUUAUCAAUGGCCAAGAUCAGGGUAAUGGCUAUUAUAAUGUGGAUUGUAAUAGUGUGGCUAAUUUACCAGUGAUUAGCUUUUGGAUUAAUGGUGUGGAGUUUCCGCUCACACCUAAUCAGUAUGUAGUUAAUAAUGAUGGUAUUUGUCUGUCCGGUUUUGGUUAUGAUACAGGUAGCUCAGCCACCAUAUGGACUUUGGGUGACGUGUUUAUCGGCCCCUAUUAUACCGAGUUUGACUUUGGCAAUAGUAGGCUUGGAUUUGCCCAAGCUUUUACAAUCGGUAGCACAGCGUUUACAUUAAGGCCCGCACAGUAUAUACUGUCUAACGGCAAUCAAUGUCUGUCAGGUUUUUCUUAUAAUACCCAACAAUCCGAUGAUAUGUGGACUUUAGGUGACGUGUUUAUCGGCCCCUAUUAUACUGAGUUUGAUUUUGGCAAUAGUAGGCUUGGAUUUGCCCAGGCUGAAAAUCCAACAAAAAUGGUCACCGCGAUCAUGGCCAUAAAGUACCAAGACCAUAUAAAGCUGGUCAUUCCACUGGUCAUUCCAUUGGUCAUGUCUAUGGUCAUAACUAUGGCCCGGCUAAACCUGGCCAUCCAAACAGACUUAGACCAACAAGCACAAGUAUUACUGACCAAUGAUUAUAAUUCAGACUAUUACGGAAUGAUAUCACUGGGCACUCCACCACAAACAUUCAAAGUACUGUUUGACACGGGCAGCUCCGACCUAUGGGUGCCGUCCAUAAACUGUCGAACCGGGUGCCCAAAUACCGAUGGAUACAACGCCGCGGUGUCGACCACAUACGAGCCCAACGGCAUCGACUUUUUCAUUGCCUAUGGAGAUGGUAGUAGUGCUACCGGUACUUUGGACCAGGAUGUGCUAAACUUUGGAGGCUUAAUAGUAGAGAAUCAGAUAUUUUCCGAGAUCACCACGCUCAAUUACCCUGAAUCAGUCUAUGACGCCCCUGUAUUUUCAUUCUACCUGAACCGUGACAUUAAUGGCCAACCGGGCGGUGAACUACUGUUGGGCGGCUCAGACCCCGACCACUAUACCGGCACCCUUACGUACGUUAGUGUUAGCCAACAGGGCUAUUGGCAAUUCGCGAUGGAUGGGGGUAAUGUGGCCAACGGCGGACCUCAGAUUUGCGCCGGUGGCUGUCAGGCACUUGCCGAUACGAGCACAACACUGAUCGCUGGCCCCACUGCUGAUAUUCAAGCUAUAAAUAAUUUUUUAAACGGUACAGACAAUGGCAGUGGCAUUUAUAAUGUUAAUUGUAAUGCAUUUAUGCAAGGUCAAUUGCCAAACAUUGAGUUUACCAUCGGUGGCACAGCAUUCCCGUUAACGCCCGCACAGUAUAUACUGACAGACGGCGAUCAAUGUGUGUCAGGUUUUGUUGAUAAUCAACAGUCCAAUGAUUUGUGGACUUUGGGUGACGUGUUUAUCGGUCCCUAUUAUACUGAGUUUGAUUUUGGUAAUAAUCGGCUGGGAUUCGCUCCAUCAAAAUAA